AUGGAUGACAACAGUAUUGAUCAACAAACGAAAGAAGAAAAUGAGAGCAAUGAGAGCGAAUCAACUGCUACAAGUUCGUCAGGGGGAGACAGCAGUGAAGCGUCAUUUGCGAGUGAUUCAGACACGGACGAUUCAGACACGAGCAGUUUAAAUACGGACGAUUCAGACACGGACAGUACAGACGAAACAGAAGUCUUUGAUUUGUUUGCUGAAGCUACUAAAAAUGGGGAAAUUCUACACACACGGAAUGAAAUUGUCAAGAUCCCUAUAAGAAAACCUAAUGUCGAAAUUAGAGAUAAUAUGCCAAUAGAUGAGAUCGGGAGUGUGUAUAAUAUCGUUGAAAACGCAGUAACCGUGAUUGCAAAGGUUUCAGGAGAAUAUCAGGUGUUGGAUUCUGGAAGUAUUUUUGUGUUUGAGGAUCGACAUAUGUUGGGCGAGGUGUUUGAAACGUUUGGACCCGUAAGUCAGCCAAUGUACGCCGUAUUAUUUGACAAUGCAUCUGAAAUCGACCCGGAGAGAGUGAAGAUUGGUACCAAAAUAUAUAGCGUGCGACAGUAUGCAAACUAUGUCUUUACUAAACCCCUGAGAGAACAAAAAGGUUCAGAUGCUAGUAACCUGUAUGACGAGGAACCUAAUGAAUCGGAAAUAGAGUUUUCCGAUGAUGAAAAAGAAGCGGAAUACAAGCUACAGCUCAAGAAGAGCAAUCCCGGACGAGGAGGCUCUUCGAAAUCAAGAGGCCGUGGUGGACGAUCUCUUCAAAAAAAGAAUAAUCUGCCCCCGGUGAAAGGUGAAGAUGAUCCAUAUGGAUAUAACAUCCUUCGGCGACCUCAACAAACUCCUCCAACAUCAAUCACGCAAACAUACAAUGUCGCUCAUAGCGUAGGUCCCGCUUCAUCAACGCACUCUACGAUACCUACGAUAUCACACCCGAUAGCUCCUUCGAUGGUCCAACCGUCGUGGCCAGCUGUAAAUUCACCACCGAUAAUGACGCAUCCGCCGAUACAACCGCAUAUGACACAGCCUCAACCGAUACAACCACAUAUGACUCAGCCUCAACCGAUACAGCCGCAUAUGACUCAGCCUCAACCGAUACAACCGCAUAUGACACGACCUCAACCCUGGCAAACUCAAAUACAUCCGCAGAUGCAACAUGGAUUUCAAUAUCAACAGGGAGCAGUUAACGCACCCCCUGCUCAUGUGGAUAUUGGAGCCAUACCGCAACAGCAGCAAUAUGCUGGUUGGAAUCAGGGGGCUUAUGGUCGGCAAGUGAAUAAUUUCGGGAACGCGUCUGGGUUCCAUCAAUAA